GAUCGGAACGGAACGGCCUACAUAAAGAACGGAACUUUUUUUACUAGGUUCGGAUCGGAACGGCCAACACUAGUCCAGAAGCUUAUACACCCAGUUAUCUUUUUAGGAAAAUGCAAAACAUUGAUCAUGAUCAUCGAUAUGCAACAUUCGCUUCACAGCCGAUUCUCGAAAUGAUGGAAAUUAGCACCUCCAAUCCAUUGGAUUUUUCUGCUCCACCGUCUGUUCCAUCGGUCGUGCCCGCUACUCCUGAUAUUCUUGAUUCGACAUUGUUGGCUGUCUCAUCGUCACCACCACCUAUAUUCGUUUCGUUAGAUAUGUUGACCGUCCCAUCGUCACCGCCACCCAUCCGUGAUGUUUCCGGUACAUUUCUUUUCAAAGGAUCUAUGCCCAGUUCGUUAGCCAUGCCGGGACAGCGAUCCUCUUCCGGACCUUCAUUGUUGACCAUCCCAUCGUCACCACCACCCAUCUGUGAUGUUUCCGGAUCUAUGCCCAGUUCGUCAGCCAUGCCGGGACAGCGAUCCUCUUCCGGACCGUCAUCCUCGCCCAGUCUACCGUCUUUAUCUGGUUCAUCUUCAUCAUCCGGCGUGCAUAAUAAUUCACUUGAUAAAAAGUGGACAUUCUUAUUAAGCUAUCGAAGCAGACUGCGGUUGAGGUUCAAAUUAUGUUUAAUGCAAUGAAUCCGAGAGCUGGGACAACCUCACGCAAUACAGCCAUCACUGCCAUUGAUACAGAAGAAGAGUUAGAAGCCUUUAAUGCUAACUUACAAGUUAAUACGUAUAUAGCUGUGAUGCUAUGCUCACUUUUGUAUACAAUUGAUCAUAUAAAAUAUGUUAAAGAAAGACUUGACAAAAUAAUAGAUCUAUUGUUUACUAGGGAAUUUCUUUCAAAAUGUAGUUGGUCAUGGAUUGGUCGUCCCAUUCAAAAAGUCGCAUUUGCUGCGUUUGAAAAUGUAUUCGUAUUAAUCAAAUUUGCUGGAGGAAACAAAUUUCUUCAAUUGAAUGACGACUACGUGAAGAAGAUUUCAGUGAGUAAAAUGGAUCACGGGAAGGGAAGAAAUGAAACAAAAACGUUGCGAGAAAUAGUUUCACUUUAGAAGCUUAGAAUAUUAUCAGUAAAUUUGUAAAGAUUCACAUAAAUAUAAAAA